GGGCACACACAGCCCGCGCGAUGUUACAGCCAGGGAGGGCGAAAGCGAGCUCGGCUAGCCGGGCGGGUCGACUGCUCCCGCGGUUCCGCUCGGACCCGGGCCCAGCGUCUGGCCUUAUGAUGGAAGCUGCUGUGCCGGCGCCGAGCAUGUCAGCAUCCUCCAGGGAACCACAUCCCUGAAAUCCGGAGAAAACCCUGCCCACUCACUUCCUCUUUACUCCUACUUUGGGGUCACCGUUGCCUGUCGAGGCCUUAAUCCUAUAGUGUCACCCUAGUUCAACAAAGAAGCAGGACAAUGAUACUGACUUCAGUGCUGGGCAGCGGCCCUCGGAGCGGGUCUUCACUUUGGCCUCUCUUGGGGUCCUCACUGUCACUCCGGGCUCGCUCAACAUCUGCCACCGAUACACACCAUGUAGAGCUGGCCAGGGAACGCUCCAAGACUGUCACGUCCUUUUACAACCAGUCAGCCAUUGAUGUGGCAGCAGAGAAGCCCUCAGUCCGCCUCACUCCCACCAUGAUGCUCUAUUCUGGUCGCUCACAGGAUGGCAGCCACCUUCUGAAAAGUGGCCGCUACUUGCAGCAAGAGUUACCCGUGAGGAUCGCUCACCGUAUAAAGGGCUUCCGUAGCCUUCCUUUCAUCAUUGGUUGCAACCCCACCAUACUACAUGUGCACGAGCUAUACAUCCGGGCCUUCCAGAAGCUGACAGACUUCCCUCCGAUCAAGGACCAGGCAGAUGAGGCCCAGUAUUGCCAGCUGGUGCGACAGCUGCUGGAUGACCACAAGGAUGUGGUGACCCUGUUAGCUGAGGGUCUUCGUGAGAGCCGGAAGCACAUAGAGGAUGAAAAGCUGGUCCGGUACUUCUUGGAUAAAACACUGACAUCAAGACUUGGGAUCCGAAUGCUGGCUACUCACCACUUGGCACUACAUGAAGACAAGCCUGAUUUUGUUGGCAUCAUCUGCACUCGUCUGUCACCCAAGAAGAUUAUAGAGAAGUGGGUGGAUUUUGCCAGACGCCUGUGUGAGCACAAGUAUGGCAAUGCCCCUCGAGUCCGCAUCAAUGGACACGUGGCUGCCCGUUUCCCCUUCAUUCCCAUGCCGCUGGACUAUAUCCUGCCUGAGCUGCUCAAGAACGCCAUGAGAGCCACAAUGGAGAGUCACCUAGACACUCCCUACAAUGUUCCAGACGUGGUUAUCACCAUCGCCAAUAAUGAUAUUGAUCUCAUCAUCAGGAUCUCGGACCGGGGUGGAGGAAUCGCUCAUAAGGACCUGGAUCGGGUCAUGGACUACCACUUCACCACAGCUGAAGCCAGCACCCAGGACCCCCGAAUCAGCCCCCUCUUUGGCCACUUGGAUAUGCACUGUGGUGGCCAGUCAGGACCUAUGCAUGGCUUUGGCUUCGGGUUGCCCACGUCCAGGGCCUAUGCAGAGUAUCUCGGUGGCUCCCUGCAGCUGCAGUCCCUGCAGGGCAUUGGCACAGAUGUCUACCUACGGCUCCGCCACAUUGAUGGCCGGGAGGAAAGCUUCAGAAUCUGAUGGUGGAUUUUGGCUGGCUAGCCUGCCACACUCCUCGUAAGACCUACUGGGCCUGUCAGGGGCCACUCUGCUCCACACUUCUGCCUCAUGGAGCUUAGGGCCUCAGACAGGUGGACUUAGAUGGAGCUGGGCACCACCCCUCCUCAACAAGGCUCACUGCUUGGGGGUGGGGAAGCAGGAGCCUCUGAGGUCUCUAAUACCAGCUCUGUUGUGCUUACUCUUGAGGAGUCCUUAUUUGACCUGCUGUUUAUUAAACUUUGCAUUUUGAAUGCCCUCUUGGGGCCCAAAUGUUGGGA